GGAUCGGGCCCUGGCCGCGGGCGGAGGAUGCGACGCGUCCCCGAAAAACGGUUACGUCGACGCAAGCGAGCGAGCGAGAGCACGACCGCCCGGCUCACUCUAGCCGAGCGCCGGCUGCAAUUUCUUGUGCGCCACGUUCCGAGACGAUUUAAUACCGCUCGAACUCGCGACCGAAACGGAUCGUCGGUCCCAGGCAGUUGGCUGUGUGUGUGUUUGUGUCCUUUCCGGCAAAAAAGAGGAUCUUCCAGCAAGGGAAAGUGAUCGUUAGUGUCCUUGCAGAGUGCAGAGUGUGUGUGUGUUAGUAGACAAGCCCGGCCCGAAGAGAACUGAGUGAGCGGUCAACAUGAGCAGCAACGCGCCCGGGGCCACCAACCCCAUGCUGUACGAUCCCAUCCCGGAGGGUACGGGCUCCACGUCCAAACGCAACCAGUUUGUCGCUGCGCUCGGAAUUUGCAUGGCGGCCGUGAGCGGCGGUACGGCCCUGGCCUGGACUUCGCCCGUGCUGGCCCAGCUCGUGCCGAAAAACCACAGCGACACGAGCGGGUACGAGCGUGAAAGCUUCCUGCUGACCUCGGACGAAGGAUCAUGGGUAGGCGCUUUCCUGGCAGUCGGAGCAUUCCUCGGUGCCCUUCCCGCCGGAUACCUGGCAGAGAAGAUCGGUCGCAAGUACACCACGAUGUCGCUGGCUGUUCCAUAUCUUAUUAGCUGGGCAUUGAUCAUUUUCUCCACCGGUGCUGGUAUGCUGUACGCUGGUCGAUUGGUUAUUGGUAUUGCAACGGGAGCAUCCUGCGUCGUGGCACCGAUGUUCAUCUCGGAGGUAGCCGAAACAUCAAUUCGUGGAGCUCUCGGUGCGUUCUUCCAGCUACAUCUUACCGUUGGCAUCCUAUUCGUGUACGCCGUCGGCUCCUACACGCACUGGGUGACUCUGAGCAUACUGUGUGCCAUAUUCCCGGUGCUGCUGAUUGUGGCAAUGUUUAUCGUACCGGAGAGCCCGGUAUACCUGGUGAAGAAGGGCCGUCGUAUUGAUGCUGGAGUAGCGCUGAAGUGGUUCUGGGGACCGAAUGCCGACACCCAGUCGGCUCUGCAAACCAUCCAGUCCGAUCUGGACGCUGCUUCGGGCGACGCCAAGGUGUCGGAUCUGUUCACCAACGCGACCAACCGUGCCGCACUGUUCAUCUCGCUGCUGCUCAUGUUCUUCCAACAAUUUUCCGGCAUCAAUGCGGUCAUCUUCUACACCGCACCCAUCUUCCAAUCGGCUGGCAGUACCAUGGACCCGGCCGUCUGCUCCAUCGUGGUCGGUGUGGUGCAGGUCGUCAUGACGCUCGCCUCGUCCGUACUGAUCGAUAAGGCGGGCCGUCGGAUACUGCUGCUGCAGAGCAGCUUCAUCAUGGGCGCGUGCCUGAUUGUGCUCGGUGCGUACUUCAAGAUGCAGAACGACAAGGUGGACGUAUCGAACAUUGGGUGGCUUCCGCUGGCUUCCGUGGUGCUGUUCAUCAUUAGUUUCUCGCUCGGAUUCGGCCCCAUCCCGUGGAUGAUGAUGGGUGAGCUGUGUGCGCCGGACAUUAAGGGGCUGGCGUCCGCACUGGCCGUAAUGUUUAACUGGACGCUCGUGUUCCUGGUGACGAAAACCUUCGGCAUGAUGCAGGACAUGCUGGGUUCGGACUGGACGUUCUGGUUCUUUGGCGCGUGGAUGAUGGUCUGCACGGUGUACGUGUUCAUUAAGGUGCCGGAAACGAAAGGCAAAACCAACGCACAGAUUCAGGCGAUCUUGGGUGGCAAAAAGUAAAUCGUUGCACUGCUACAGAGAGAGAGAGAUAGCACGACAUAAUAUAUAUAUCUAUGUGUGCGUCCGUUUCGGUUUGUUUAGUAAUCCUUCAAAAUUCCGUGUUCCGUGUAAAAGUGUCGUUAGGGAAAGAGGAAGUUUUUUGUUUUUCAGAUUAGUUUAGAACGAUUUAUUUUAACGUGUUGUAAAUAUGUUUCUGUAGCACACUCUCAUGCCCACUAGUAGUUUAUGUAUAAGCAUGGUAGAUCCGCUGUUGGUGUAACGUUGGUCCAACGGCUCGCGGCCACCAGAUAUCCUGUGGGGAAAACGGGGGCAAGGAUGUAGAGUAGAAGCGGUAAAAGGUUUCUUGAAACGACUGAUGGAAAGCAGGAAGCUGAUAGGAAUUUCAAAACCAGACGCUUGAGUUUGAAGAAGAAAAAAAAACAAUAUACGCCAUAAUAGUUAGUAAAGGAGGGAAAAAGGAAUGUGAAAACUGUGAGUGAGGACAGUGAGCUUCAGGUUCGCUUCUGUUUCUAGCCGCUGGGGUUGUGCACUUGCAGGACGAGGCUACCAGUAAUGGAGUUUGUUGUUGUAAGAAGUAUGCUAAGUUUUAAAAGCUAAGUUUAGAUUUGCGUUUAGGCUGCAACGCGUUAUUGUUCGAUUCGUUCAGCUUGAUGGGUGUCAUUUUGCCAAAACGAGGUAGCUUACUACGCCAACACCCGGUCCGCAGGUUCAACAGUUCCUUGUUGUCAAUUGUUUUACAAAGCAUGUUCAACAACGAAAAAUUUUAUGCAAACCGUAGGCGAUAUGUACGCUAUCAGUCAGUCUAGCAUAUCAGACCACACAUAAAGACACAAACAUUCAUUUUGUCCAAAAAAAAAACCCCAACUUCCCUACCAAUGGUACAACCAAACCAGAGAACCUCGAUCGUAUCCGGUCUUUUGCCGCAAGCAGCUCGUGUUUUUGGGAAAUGUUCAUUCUAGAAAUUCUGAUACAGUGGGCAGAACACAUAACAAGAUUUCGUUCCAUGGUGCCAUAUCGAGUAAACAAUUUACUGAAUGUUUAAUAAAACGCCUCAACAGCAGCUGCACUUGGUAGUGCUUUAGUGUAUUAGGUGGAGCAAUAUGUAUAACGUGGCGGGACUCAUACUGUGCUGGCUUUCGACGGCUCAUGUAAACACAGCCAUCCAGUCACGUGCUAGAUCGCCUCGAACCCUUCCAUCAUGAUCAUUUAUUCCCACCGGAUGGCGGAAUGGCGAUGGUGGUGUGUGAAGCAGUAGUUUUAUAGCACUAUUCGAACUGGCCAUAGCAAAGAGGAGGAGGUGUUGUACAUGAAGCUGGCAGGCAAAAAACUGCAACGAAACAGGUGCAAAAUAUAAUCAUAUUUAACCGGUGUAA